AUGAGCUCCGCCGAGGAGACAACCGAGCAGCUUCAGGCUCGUUUAACCGACCUGACGACUCGAGCUGCUGCUAAGGAUGCCGUUAAAGAUUACAACGCCUCAGCGGAGCUAUACUCACAAGCAACCGAGCUACAAGCUCAGUUGAAUGGAGAAAUGUCAUUGGAAAAUGUGAGAAUUCUAUACGCAUAUGGAAAGUCGCUAUACAACGUCGCUGUGAGCAAGAGCGACGUUCUUGGUUCUAAAGUCGCUGGUGAAAACACGACACAGCCAUCCAAAUCUGAAUCCACGAAACCGGGUAUUAUUCAAUCUGCGGUCUCUAGCUCUGCCACGAAAGCUUCCCUUGAUUCUGCGAAGCCCAGUGAACAAAAGAGUCAAUUUUUCCAAUUUACUGGCGACGGAGACUAUGAAGAAUCUGACUCUGAGGAUGGAGAAGAUCCUGAAAAGGCAGACGAAGAAGACGAUGACUUUGAGAAUGCUUUCGAGGUUCUGGAUUUGGCACGGAUCCUAUCGCUCAAAAAGCUAGAAGAGACAGAGAACAGCUCAGAUAGAAAGGAUAAAAGUACAGGCAUUGACCCUGCGACCAAGCAGAUCAAAGAACGCCUCGCAGAUAUAUAUGAUUUGCAAGCAGAGAUCUCUUUGGAAGGGGAACGGUUCGAAAAUGCCGUCUCAGACCUUAGAGCAGCUCUUGAGCUAAAAGAAGCGCUUUUGCCUUUUGAAGACCCGUCUAUUGCUGAAUGUCACUACAAGCUUUCGCUUGCCUUGGAGUUUGCUUCGGUCACACAACCUGAGGAUAGUGACGAAGGACCACCGCAACCUGCGUCUGUGGACGAAGAAAUGCGAAAGGAGGCUGCAAAACACAUGGAAACAGCGAUUGAAAGCUGCAAGGUUAGAAUGACACAGGAAGAGACCAAGUUAGCCGACGGUGAAAUCAGUGAAGAAGAUAAGGUGAAUGCAACGAAAAGGAAGAUUGCGAACGUAAAGGAAAUCGUGGCAGAUAUGGAACAACGGUUGGUUGAACUUCGUCGACCACCGGUCUCAAUCAAUGACCCCAGUCAAGAUGCUGGUACGAGGGACACCUUGAAUGGGAUUCUUGGGCAAAUCAUCGGGAAGUCCUCGGAGGAGCAGAAGGCAACGUUGGAUAGCGUCACUAAAGGCGCCAACGACCUUUCUGCACUAGUGAGGAAAAAGACUCCUUCCAGCAGCAAGCGUCAACAUGAAAACAGUGAAGUGGAAGAUUCUUCAAAACGAGCUAAAACCGAGGACCCGGCUUGA